UCAUUUCAAGUUUUGCCUUCCCGAUAAACGCUGUGCUCAUAAUAACAUGUUUCAAGACCAGUGAGCUACAAGCCCAGCAGUUCAGAAGUAGCUAAAGAAGAAGAAAAAACAGUCCUGCCCUUUCUGAAGAUUUCCUGUUUCAUGAAAGUGCAUACAUACUGUCUGACUCAUAUACGGCGAAUUCUGACUGCACUAUUUACUUUAACCCAGGGUUGCUUGAGACGCAUGAGAGCAACAGGCAGACUGAAAAAUAAAUCCGAAGAACGUCUCGAAUUAAAGUCUGGAUAUUUACUGUAAUCAAGCUUUUAGUAAAUGAAAAGAAGAGUAGUUUGUAAUCCGUUUCUAAAUGGAGCUACUUCGGUUUUCUGCUUUCUGGUGUGGAACGAUACUCUUUGGUAGUGUUCUGCUAGAACAGAAGGGGGUCUCGUCAAUGAACAUGCUGAAGCUGAAGCUUCUGUGUAAGUUCUGUGACGUGGAGUCUACCAGCUGUACGGGCACAGGGAGCUGUAUGACCGACUGUGGCAUCACAUCCAUCUGCCCCCAUCCAGAGGACGUGUGUGUCAGCAUUUGGAGAAAGAGAGUUGACAACGUCACCAUAGACACGAUAUGCCACAACCCAGCCCAGAAGCUGCAUGGUCUGAUGCUGGAGGACUACAACAACAGCAAGUGUGAGAUGAGGGAGAGGAAUGGCAUGGGCUCCCAGUUCUUCAUCUGCUCCUGCUCCGAGGACGAGUGCAACAACCACGUGUUCUUCACUCCCUACUCUCUUGACUCCCAGGUGGUGUCGGUGAUCCUGGUCAGCCUGGUUCCUCUCCUGGUUCUGGCCAUGCUGGUCAUCACAUCCUUCUAUUGGUACCGCAUCUACCACCAGCGCCACGCCGGUGCCAAGCGCAAGAAGACGCCGCUCGACUUCAGCGACGGCCGCGCCAUCAUGAUGGACGACGACGGCUCGGACAGCAGCUCCACGCACGCCAACAACCUCAACCACAACACGGAGCUCCUCCCCAUCGAGCUGGACUCCCAGGUGGGCAAGGGCCGCUUCGCUGAGGUCUACAAGGCCAAGCUGAAGCAGGGCGCCACGGGAGCUGGUGAGCCCUUCGAGACCGUCGCCGUCAAGAUUUUCGCCGAUGAAGAGUAUGCCUCGUGGAAGAACGAGAAGGACAUCUUCUCGGACGCCGACCUGCGCCACGAGAACGUCCUGCACUUCCUGACAGCAGAGGAACGUAAGGUGGAGAAACAGUAUUGGCUGAUCACGGCCUACCACCCCCAGGGCAACCUCCAGGAGUACCUGACGCGCCACGUCAUCAGCUGGGACGACCUGUGGGUGCUGGGCGGGUCGCUGGCGAGGGGCGUGGCCCACCUGCACAGUGACCACACGUUGUGCGGACGCUACAAGGUGCCAAUCGUCCACCGGGACAUCAAGAGCUCCAACAUCCUGGUGAAGGGGGACCUCACCUGCGUCCUGUGUGACUUUGGCCUGGGUCUGCGUCUGGACAACUCGCUGUCUGUGGACGAGCUGGCCAACAGUGGACAGGUGGGCACUGCCAGGUACAUGGCCCCUGAGGUGCUGGAGUCCAGGAUCAACCUGGAGAACAUCGAGUCGUUCAAGCAGACAGACGUCUACUCCAUGGCCCUGGUACUGUGGGAGAUCACCUCCAGGUGCAACGCCAUUGGAGAGGUAAAGGACUACGAGCCGCCCUUCGGUAAGGUGAGGGAGCACCCGUGUGUGGAGAGUAUGAAGGACAGCGUUCUCAGAGACAGAGGGAGGCCAGAGAUCCCCAGCAGCUGGAUUAACCACCCAGGCAUCCAGGUGGUGUGCGGCACGAUAGACGAGUGCUGGGACCACGACCCCGAGGCCAGGCUGACUGCACAGUGUGUGGCCGAACGCUUCAACGACAUGGAGCACCCAGACAAGCUGUCUGGACGCAGCAACUCAGAGGAGAAGAUUCCCCAGGACAUCUCUGUGACGGAGUUUGAAGAGAUUGAGAAGAAGGAAGUAUGCCUCAGAAACUACAAUGCCCCUGCUGGGGAGGCUGAGAACUACAAUCAACCAAGCAGCUGAGAGAGAUUUAAGUGGAGAGUCUCUUCGUAUAUGCUCUGUUUAUUUGUCCUGCUUGUGACUCCAAGGAACAAACAGUUUGGCUGUUGUGUGUCAUGGAUGUAAAAGGGAACAAAACUGAACAAUCCAAUCAGCAAGGAAUUUAUAUCAUGAUUUUUUUAUUUUUUUUUUAAAGAUUUACAGCAUUUGCUCCAAAGACGGAUUAAAGCCAUGACUGGACUGGUGAAAAUAUAAAGCCCUCUUAACUAAAUACUGUUUGCACUUUAUCAAUAGCUAUGCAUACCAAAUGAUGUACAGUACCAGUCAAAAGUUGACACACCUACGCAUUCCAGGAUUUUCCUUUGUUUGUACUAUUUUUACAUUGUAGAAUAAUAGAAGACAUCAAAACUAUCAAUUAACACAUAUGGAAUCAUGUAGUAACCACAGAAGUGUUAAACAAAUCAAAAUAUAUUUGAGAUUCUUCAAAGUAGCCACCCUUUGCCUCGAUGACAGCUUUGCACACUCUUGGCAUUCUCUCAACCAGCUUCAUGAGGUAGUCACCUGGAAUGCAUUUCAGUUAACAGGUAUGCCUUGUUAAAAGUUCAUUUGUGGAAUUGCUUUCCUUCUUAAUACGUUUGAGCAAAUCAGUUGUGUUGUGACAAGGUAAGAAGAAAGCCCUAUUUGGUAAAAGACCAAGUCCAUAUUAUGGCAAGAACAGCUCAAAUAAAUAAGACAAACGACAGUCCAUCAUUACUUUAAGACAUGAAGAUCUUUCAAGAACUUUUAAAGUUUAUUCAAGUGCAGUCGCAAAAACCAUCAAGCGCUAUGAUGAAACUGGCUCUCAUGAGGACCGCCACAGGAAAGGAAGACCCAGAGUUAACUGCAGAGUUACCAGCCUUAGAAAUUGCAACCCAAAUAAAUAAGUAACAGACAUAUCUCAACAUCAACUGUUCAGAGGAGACUGCGUGAAUCAGGCCGUCGUGGUCAAAUUGCUACAAAGAAACCACUACUAAAGGACACCAAUAAGAAGAGACUUGCGUUGAGAUUUUUGGUUCCAACCGCCGUGUCUUUGAGAGACGCAGAGUAGGUGAACGGAUGAUCUCCGCAUGUGUGGUUCCCACUGUGAAACAUUGAGGAGGAGGUGUGAUGGUGUGGGGGUGCUUUGCUGGUAACACUGUCAGUGAUUUAUUUAGAAUUCAAGGCACACUUAACCAGCAUGGCUACCACAGCAUUCUGCAGCGAUAUGCCAUUCCAUCUGGUUUGCGAUCAGUAGGACUAUCAUUUGUUUUUCAACAGGACAAUGACCCAUCACACCUCCUGGCUGUGUAAGGGCUAUUUGACCAAGAAGGAGUGUGAUGAAGUGCUGCAUCAGAUGACCUGGCUUCCACAAUCACCCAACCUCAACCCAAUUGAGAUGGUUUGGGAUGAUGAGUUGGACCACAGAGUGUAGGAAAAGCAGCCAACAAGUGCUCAUCAUAUGUGGGAACGUCUUUUAAGAAUGUUAGAAAAGCACUCCAGGUGAAGCUGGUUGAGAAAAUGCCAAGAUUGUGCAAAGCUGUCAUCAAGGCAAAGGGUGAUACUUUGAAGAAUAUAAAAUAUAUUUUGAUUUGUUUAACACUUUUGUGGUUACUACAUGAUUCCAUAUGUGUUAUUUCAUAGUUUUGAUGUCUUCACUAUUAUUCUACAAAUGUAAAAAAUUGUACAAACAAAGGAAAAUCCUGGAAUGAGUCGGUGUCCAAACUUUUGACUGGUAAUGUAUAUUCAGUUACUGUAUAUUCUUGAUGACAAUACAGUGCAAUUAUAGGAAAGAGGGGUACUGUACCAUUGUAUCUGGAAAAAGAGAGCUGUCAAUACUGAUACACUAAUACAAUUUUUACCCGUUUUCAACUGGCACUUUUUGACAUUUUUAAAGGCAUCAUUGGAUGAUAAAAGGGACUGGAGAAUGGAGCUAUAUCAAGAACCAAGGUGAAAGUUUCAUUCCUGGAAGCACGGUAUGAGAAAAGGGCCAAGCUAUGAAAUGGAAAAUGAUUCCCAACAAAUAAACCCAGGGGAAUGCUGAUAUGUAAUGACAAGGAAGGGAACUUGAUCCCUUCUCAAUUAAAGAUCUCUAUCAAAAACCCUCUAUGUAUAAUGUUAAAAGCCUUAAUUAAAGACUUUCAGUGUUCUACUCUUUUAAA